AUAUUAUCGCCCAUCAUAGCAAACACGUUGAGAGGUUUUGAUGGUCAUUUUUAAUGAUUUUAUUGGUUAUUGUUUAUUUUAAUUAUUACCUUAAGUGUUAAUUUCUUUAUAAUUCCAACAACAUCAUUCAAAUCUCUUUGUGAUGCCUAAAACAAAUGCUACAGAGAUUAAAACAAAGGAAACCAGAGGCAGAAAAGCUGCGACCAAAGCCUCAUCUCCUCCACCAACUGAACGACCCACCAGAGCUACAAGAUCCAGCACCAGAGUAACCAGGAAAAGUGUCAUUGAAGAGGUACCCGAGGAAAAACCAAGUAAGCCUGAAGUUAAAGCUACUCGCGGUCGAAGAGGUAGACCAGUUGCAUCAAAACAAACAGAAAACUCAGAAUCAGAAACCGAAAAACAACCUGAACCACCAAAAAGAGGCUCUCGUAGAAAAGCCCCUGAGCCUGUCAUUGAAAAGCCUGCUAAAGAAACAAAGGCUGAAAAAGCUAAGCCGGUAAAGCCCGCUACUGCGACUGCUGUUACAAUUGAAGCCACAACCACUACUACUAAUGCUACUAACUCUACAAAUACAACCACAACUACUACUACCACUGGUAGAACAACUAGAGGCCGAGGUACAAAACGUUCUGCUGCUGCUAUUACCGCCGCUGUUGUUGAUCAAUCAGAUGAAGAAGAAGCUCCAAAACCAAAAAGAGCCACACGCGCUCGCACAACUUCAACUCCUAAAGAAAAACCUGCCUCGAAACCUGCACGCGCCGGAACCCGAACAAGUACCAGAGGAAGGAAAAAAGAAGCUACGCCUGAACCCGAGCCUGAAACUGCUCCAGUAGUCGAAGAAAAAGAGUCAGAACAAGUUCCAGAUGAACCGAAAGAAGAACCGGUGAAAAGUCAACCAGCUCUUGAUAAGAUUGAAGAAGAAACCGAUUCUAUGGUCGCAAGUGAAAAGACAACUCGAGAACCUGAAAUUUUACCCACUGUAGUCGAUGUGAUCGAAGGGAUCAAGGAACAAGUCGAACGGACAAUUGAAGAAAUUAAGGAAGCGGAAUUGAAUGAUACAGUUGCUGAUACUGUUGAAGAGAAAGAGAGUGCUGCAGAUGAUGCAUCUAGUGUUGCCGAAACACGUGAUAGCUUAGAUGUAAAUUUGGAUAAUAAUUCAAUUCGAGAUAUACCCGAUGACGAUUUGAAGUCAAUCGAUGAAAAGUCUAACGAUGAUAAGUCCAGUGACAAAUCUGUCGAUGAAAAACCUUCAGAUGAAAACUUAGCCAAUGAUAUUAGUGAUACCGAGAAUGAAAAGACAAGAGAAAUUAUUGAAGCUUCUAAAGAAGAUCAAAUUGUCCCAAAUGCUUCCGUAGAAAAUGGAGAAAUCUGCAAAUCUUCUGGAGACACGAAAGACAUUUCUAAUAAAAGUAUGAACGACACUGAGGAUGAUAUUGGCCUUGAUGAAACAUUACCAAUGGAAACAUUGAAUGACAAAAAUGGAGAUAUUACUAAAAGAAAAACUGACGACCUGGAUGAAGACGAAGAAACCGAUGAUAAAGUAACAAUUGCCAAACAGAAGCAAAUGAAAAGAGCGAGAACACAUUUACUGGACAUACCCGAUAUUCCCAGUUUUUCUGGAAAAGUGAUGACUUUCGGUGACGAUGUGUGUGGCGAACUUGGCCUGAAAGAAAUUGGGGUCAAUAAAAAGCGACCUGUUUUCGUGAAAGAUGUCGAUGAACCAGUGGUUUUCAUCGCAUCCGGAGGUAUGCAUAAUGUUUGUUUAACAUCAAACGGUCAAAUAUACACUUGGGGCUGUAAUGAUGAAGGCGCCCUUGGGAGGAAGACUGAAGAUGUCGAUGAUCGAGAUUUGUCCGCUGAACCCGCUAAAGUGCCUUUACCUUAUAAGAUCGUGAAAGUGAGUGCUGGUGACUCGCAUUCGGCCGCUCUUACAUCAACCGGUUCUAUUUACAUUUGGGGCAAUUUCAAGGACUCAAACGGAAAAAUCGGACUAACAUGUGAUUCUAAAGAAGGGCAAAUAGAACCCGUUCAAAUUGAGAUUUCUAAUACAACUUUUGUGGACUUAGCCUCUGGAAAUGAUCAUCUUUUAUUACUAACCGAUACUGGAGAAAUUUAUUCCCUUGGAGUCGGGGAACAGGGACAAUUGGGUAGAAUAUCAGCUGAUGAAAUGAAAGAAAUCAAAGAGAAAAAAGAACUUUUCCUCAACCCUUCACUCGUUAAAUUUGAUGAAAGUACAACAUUCGAUCGAAUCUGGGCUGGACAAUAUUCAUCCUAUGCUAGAACAAAAAGUGGAGAUAUUUUCGCUUGGGGAUUAAACAAUUAUUCCCAACUAGGAAUCCCUCAAUCAACCCUUCAAAAUGAUGAUAAAUUAGACUUAACGGUUCCUUUCCCCACGCCCGUUCCUUCAUUCAAAAAAUGUGAUGGUCUCGUUGAACAAAUUUGUUCUGGUCAGCACUUUAUGUUAGCAAGAGAUUCCAAAGGUAAAGUUUACUCUUGUGGUCGACAUGAAUAUGGCCGAUUAGGACAUGGGCUACUAAAAAACUCAUAUGAAGAGCCUAAACUAAUUGAAAGCUUUGACAAAGAGUUGAUUAAACAUAUCGCCGUGGGCUCAGUUACUUCAUUUGCCGUCUCUGAAAAAGGUGAUCUUUAUGCUUGGGGAAUGGAAGGAAAUGCAUUAGGAUUAGGAAAUACUGAUGCUUGGACUCCAACUCAAGUGAUAGCUAAGAAUUUGGAAACUCACAAAGUUAUCUGGGUGGCCGCUGGUUCCCAACACACUGCCAUCAUUGUCCAACCUAAGAAUGAAUAAUCUAAUCAACUCUUUAAUUUGAGAAAAUAAGUUUAAAGUUACAUCUUGGCUAACUUAAGUCUCACCAUCAAUCAUGACUCUGAGUUAAAGGCCAAACCAAUGAGCUUCAUUUAAACAACCAUGUUAACCAACAUGCACAUUAAAUCAUUACAUGAAUUUAUUCAAAUACACUUACAAACACAAGCACCACCCGACAUCUUCAUUGGAUCAACAUAUUAAACAUCUCAUGAAAUUCACCUUCCUUUUUCCUUUUCCUCUUUUCUAUCCCUUCUCAUCUAUUUAUAGGAGGAUUUUUGGUCAGCAGUAUCUUUUCAUUUGAUACAUUAUAUCGCAAACACCAUAGCAUCAUAAUUAUCAAACGAUUAAAAUCAGAAUCAUUUAAUCAACUCUCAAAUCACCAAAAAUUACGAACGUAUCUUUAAUAAUCCUCUCGAUGUUUUUCAUGAUUGAUUGUUUUCUCAUCCUUUCCUUAUUUCAAUCUAUUCUUUUUCAUACCAAAUCAAACACAAAUCACAUUUAAUUGUCAACUUUUUGUUCCAAUUCUCUUACAUCUUAAAUGAAUAUAUCUUCAUAUAUUCAUAGAAUCUUUAAAUAAUUCAUUCCGAUUUAGCCCUUUAAACAGUUGAUUUGAUCGCAAACUAAACAAUUUAUAUUCAUUAUUGAUGGCCAGAGAAUGAGAAGAAUAAGUUUCAUUGAAAUGGAAACUAAUAUACUAAUAAUAUUUGAUUACUUUAA